AACCGUCCCGUCAUACCUCGCGUGGCCAACGGCUCUCUCCGCUCAGCUCCUCAUUGAAUCGCCGUCCUCCGCCUGUUAGCUCGGUUUACUGACUUUAUUUGGAGCAAACCAGGUCGGAAUAGCUUCGUUAAACACCUGUUACCUGGCGCACACUUCCCCUGCCUGGUUUUUGUCUGACUGCGGCGGUGGGGCGUGCUUUUUCCUGGGCUCGCUGGCUGGGUUUGGUCGGGGAGGCAGGGGGAAGUGCGGAGCUGGUCCCGAGUGGUGAUGGAGCUGGAGUCGGCCAGUAACAGAGGCGAACUGGGAGCUAUGGGGGACUCGCUGCAGCCACAGACUCCCAGCAGGCACGAAAAGAGCCUGGGACUGCUCACCACCAAGUUUGUGACUUUAUUACAGGAGGCGAAGGACGGAGUGCUGGAUCUGAAGGCGGCUGCAGACACCUUGGCAGUGCGGCAGAAACGACGCAUCUACGAUAUCACUAAUGUAUUGGAGGGAAUUGGACUAAUUGAGAAGAAGUCCAAGAACAGCAUCCAAUGGAAGGGUGUAGGUCCAGGAUGUAACACCAGAGAGAUCGGGGAUAAGCUAAUUGAUCUGAAGGCUGAGCUAGAUGACCUGGCUCUCAGGGAAAACGAGCUGGACCAGCAGAAAGUCUGGGUCCAACAGAGCAUCAAGAAUGUCACAGACGACUCUAACAACAGCCCUAUGGCAUAUAUAAAACAUGAAGACCUCUGUGGAGCUUUCAAAGGUGACACACUCCUAGCAAUCCGUGCUCCAGUUGGCACACAACUAGAAGUCCCCAUACCAGAAUCUGUCCUCAAUGGACAGAGGAAGUACCAGAUCCGUCUCAAGAGUUCAUCUGGCCCCAUCGAGGUCUUGCUGGUCAAUAAGGACCCGUCCAGUGCCUCUCCUGUUGUGUUGCCUGUCCCUCCUCCAGAUGACAUCCUUCAAAACCUCCCAGCACCGACAGCUACCUCUCAGCCGCCCACUGCUGCCUCCCAGGUCUCCAAAGCAGCUCCAGCAAUGUCUAUAAAACCUGUUCCUGUCACAACGCUAGCAGCCAACCAGACGGCCUCAGUGACAGAAGUGAUGAGCUCCACCCCUCUCACCCUGACAACAGAUUCACCUGCAGCAGUUACUCAGCAGCUCCAGUCUUCUGCCUCGUUGGACGGAUCUGCGUCUUUGGCCUCUGCAGUAUUUGAACCAAUUAAAUCAGAUCCCUCUGAAUUGCUGGACUUUCCCAAAGAGCUCUCUGAUAUGUUUGAUCCAACAAAAGAGAUCAUGAGUGGAGACCUUCUGGAGGACUUGAUGUCAUCAGAAGUUUUCUCGCCUCUCCUCCGUCUGUCCCCGCCACCCAGCGACCAUGACUACAUUUACAACCUGGAUGAGACGGAAGGCCUCUGUGACCUCUUUGAUGUCCCCAUUCUGAACAUCUGACCCCUGAGCUGGUUGUCCGCGUGGGGAAACAGUUUCCCCAAACAUGCUAAUCUACCUUCAUUCUGUCAAAGUGUGUCCCCAGCCCAACUCACAGUGGAGGUGAAGAGGUACCAGAAAGGUGAUUAUAAUCUGAUGCGUUCAAGGACCCUCUGCUCCAGCUGAGCUCAGUCAGACGGUAGCUCCAUGUACAGCCUCGCCAAGAAAUAAAGGCGAGAACAAAACAUUUUACUUAGUGCUUUUCCAAGGAAAGAGAGUCAAAACAAGUGACAAAUAAUUAUAUUUUUAGAUCCUGUAUGAUACAGCGUUAUGUUUGUGUAUCAGCUUUCUUGUGUGCUUGUGAGCGAAUGUGCAUUCUUUACGUGGGUGUGUUUGUGCGUCUGCGUGUGUGUGCUUGAGUUUUGUAUCGAACGCUCUCUGAACUUGAGUCGGAUGUCUCCAGGAGAAACAAAAAAAAGAGAAAUGCUUUUCCUAUCAGGUAAAGAGUCACGGCAGACUAACAGAGCAGCCUUUAUCAUGCGGCAGCUGCUCAUGCAUGGCUUGAAUGAGUCCAAACAGCUGGUUAAAUAUGCACUGUCCUCAUGUACAUAGAGAAUAUAUAUUUUGUAUUACCAGCACACCGUACUAUUGUGUGUAAUUGAACUACAUUUGUAACGCAGGCAAAGAAAUCAUUUGCAAAUAAACAAAGAUUCCAGACUCAAAUAAUCAUACUGUCAGUAUGAAGUGCUUUGUUUGGAAUAACAUGAAUUUGUCUUAAUUAAACCUUCCAUUGGUGUCACAGUGAGGAUCUCAAUGUUGAGUUAGUGAAGCCAAUAAACUUUGUGAUGUGGAGAGCCAAGGACCAAAACAAUGCAGGGGUUAUUGGAGAGGAAGUUUUAAUAUUCUCCCUAUUUACAUGAACACUUUUUAUGAAAAUAAAAUGUCUCAUCGAUGAUCUAACUGGUUCGUUAUUGGCACUUCUACACAGAAAAAAUGGGCUUGCUUUCGGUUUCAUUUUGCCUCUGGACUGUUGAACCGUGCAGAUUCUAUUGGCUCUGAUUAAUAUAUAACUUAACUGGAGGAUUCGCUUUCUAUCCCCUCUCCAAAUUUAUUCUGUGCUGAUUUGUCUUUCAAUGAUUAUGUAUGUGUAUGUAUACCAUUGUACUCGGUUCAUUUGUAUGGAAAAGGGCAUGUAUGUAUUUUUACUCAUUCAGUGAAUAUAGUCACCAUGUCAUGGAAAACGCUCCUGUUUUUUGCUUGUUUUUAUAUAUUUGGCACAGUUCCCUAUUCAGUAGUUUUCUUCCAAUGUUCUUUCUGUUUCUGGUAAAUGAAUUCUGCCUGCCACUCUAAAUUUAUUUCUUCAACUCCGAUCAUUCUCUCUGUGCAGGGGACAGGUGAGUAGCAGUUCAACGUCAUUUGUUACACGUCAAACUCAACAUUAUUCAAAUUUCUUCAUUGCUUUUUUUUGUGAUAAUGUCUUGUUUUGCCCUGGAAGAAGUGUAUGUAUGUACAGUAUGUACUGUUUAUAUCCCUCUCUACCGCUUGUAUAGAAUAGCAUUUAUUUUUUAUACCUGAUAGAUAUAUUAUUACCGCUACUAAUUUGGGGCUACACUUCAUUGUUUUUGGAAUUCACCCACAAAGCAUUCUGCUUCUUCAAAGAAUCCUGUCUCAUUGUUGCACUUUACAUCACUGUGGACAGAUCGGUUGCUGCUCAUCUCUCCUGGUCAGCAGCCAGUCUUUGUGUUGGAACAGUGUUGUGAACUUUCUUCAGUCGAGCAGCCAGAGAGUUCAACACUACUGGGUUGAAUGGGUCGAUUCUAAAGACUGUUUUUAACAGGCUCACCAUUGCUAAGCUGUAGUUGCAUCAAAUGAAACAAAAAUAAAAUCUUUGGUAUUCAUUGUGUA